AUGCGCGGUCGAAUCCCGCUCGAGACUGUCGCUCGAGGCUUUCUGCGGCCUCGAUGGCAUGGCCUUGGAGCCCAAAGCCGUCGAGCUAUCCAGAUCAGCGCAACACCGACAACGGAAUCCCCCAUACUCAGUGGAGAUGUUCUCAGUAACGCAAUCAACGCGUCUACGGACCCUACAGAUGCGCGAUUCGAAGUUCUAGGCGCUCCCUACUCUCUUUUGUCGGUUUCAUUAUCAGCAUCCCAAAAGCUGUACACUAGGAGGGGCACAUUGGUUGGACUCACUGGGAAAGCAGAAAAUGCGCAAUCUACACUCUCCAUACUUGAGCCUUUCCGACGAGCAGUACUUGGCAUACCUUUCCUGUACCAACGACUUUCCGCAACGACUCCUAUAACUGCCCUUAUCUCUACCAAAUCACCCUUCACUUCUUUUACUGUACUGCACCUCAAUGGAACAGUGGACUGGAUGGUUGCGCAACGGAAGGCGUUGCUGGCCUGGACUGGACAUACGCUCUCUGUCACUCCCACUAUCAACAAAGGUAUGAGCAUCGCUCAUUGGGGGAAUUCGCAGAUCACUGGGAGAGGUCUCGUAGCUUUGGCCGGUCCGGGACAAAUCUACCAAGUUACAUUGAAGGCAGGAGAGGAAUAUGUCGCACACCCGGCAAAUGUUGUGGCGUACACUGUCACGCAACACCCACCUCUGCCGUACCGGCUGAAGUCGUCUAGUCUACGUUUCCAGGUGCCGAGUCUGGGGCUGGGUUAUCUACUACCAGACAUUAAGUUCUUCAGGAACAUGAAGCAAACAAAGUCCUGGAAAGCUGUCGCAACUCUGCUGUUCAGUUUGAGGACAGCGGCACGAAGAACGAUCUGGGGAGACCGACUGUUCUUGCAGUUUCAUGGGCCAACCACAAUCUUGAUGUCUUCGAGAGCAUCUCGUAUUAGUGAUGUUCUAACAUCGAGGGAUGUGAACGAGAUUGCGGAUUCCCCUCCUGGUGCUGUACAGUCAGCGGUGACUCUGGAAACUAAGCCGAAGGACGAGCCUGUAGAGGAGACGAAAAAGAUAGCGGAUGUGCCUACCGGCUUCCAAUUUGUAGAGGUUGGCAAAGGCGGGAAGGUCAAGUUUGAGGAUUCUCAAAAGGAUAAGGCAACUGUACGGUAG